AUCCAGGGGUUUCUAAGGAGACCUUAUUUUUCAGCAAGUGGCAUUGGCUUAGGAUCGUCUCCAAUCGUCUCUUAAGGUAGCGGAAAGCACGUUUAUGCGAUUUCUGCUGGCAGGUCUUGACGAUUCUCUUAGCUCUAACGGAUUUUAGGUAGACCUUUAUUGAAGAAGUUAAGUAAUUCCAUAGUGAAAAGAAGGCAAUCAUGGGCGUGGAUGUCGAGGUUCUUUCUCCUGGUGAUGGUCAAACUUAUCCCAAAACAGGGCAAACUGUAGUCGUUCAUUACACAGGUACCUUGAACAAUGGAAAGGUAUUUGACUCUAGCAGGGACCGUGGAAAACCAUUUAAAUUUAGAAUCGGGAGAGGAGAGGUAAUUAAAGGUUGGGAUCAAGGUGUGGCUCAAAUGUGUGUUGGAGAACGUGCUAGGCUAACAUGUUCACCAGACUUUGCUUAUGGUAGUCGAGGACAUCCAGGAGUUAUUCCACCAAAUUCUGUUCUUAUCUUCGAUGUGGAGCUGCUGAAAGUGGAGCCUUAGAAUACUCUACAGAGUCUAUUUGUACCGACCAAACACCUAAAUAUCCGGAAACUAAGAAAACGCUUUGAAAUUUAUUACUUUAAGUAGUCAUUGUACAGACGGCACUUUGUACACAAUAAUUCAGUCGCUCAUAUCUUUAGAAAAAAAAAAAACCUCUUUUUGAUCACAAUUUACCUUAGAAAUGUUAAUGGAAGGAGGACAGAAUAAAGGAAUGAAAAUAAAAACAAAUUAUAUUUACGAUAUGAAUUAUGGAAUUAUAUUAAGUCAAUAUUUAAUUAUCUUUUUAAAUGAUAAUACUUGCGUAGUUUGCUUAAAGAUGUUCCUGCAAUGAGCGAUUGAAUAAUAUAACCUUAAAACAUUUGAAAAAUACAAUCUGUGUUCAUUCCACUUACUUAGCAUUUGGUAAAUAAUCAUCUGCGUAUUUUGUACAAAAAUUUUCAAUAUCACACGAAGUGUAAUUGUACCAACGAUGUAAUAGUCUUAAAUAUUUACAUUUUAAAAUUCAAUAAAAAAUUAAACUUACUGAAUAUAAUUAACGUAAUUCUCUUGGGUUAGGUGUUAUGGAUAUAUUGAAUGUCAUAAUACAUUUUUAAAAGUAAUUUCUUAAUUUUAUUGUUCUUUUAUUGAUUCUUAAAAGUUCAUUUUUUAUUAUAUUUUUUUAAGUUAAAUAUUCUUUUAACUUAUACAAAAACAAAUACAAUUGUACAAUACAACAUAAAAUAAUUACUUUAUUUUAUAGAUCAGAAAAAAUUUGGUUUCUUCAUUUUUCAAUUUGUUUUAUGCUUCAAUGUACAUACACAGUGACAAUAAAUACACAAGAACUAUUAAUAUGUGCCAACAUGGCACUUGUACUUAGUGUUUUACAUUCUACACUACUAAUGUUUUACAAUAUGUGCUGCAAAUAAAUACCUAUAGAAGAGAAA